GCCAGGCAACCGUCCUAGAGACUGACGCCGCUGGCGGCACGAUGAACGUGAUCUACCCGCUAGCGGUGCCCAAGGGGCGCCGGCUGUGUUGUGAGGUGUGCGAAGCCCCGGCGGAGCGGAUGUGCACCGCCUGCACAGUCACUUAUUACUGCGGUCCUGUGCAUCAGAAGGCUGAUUGGGGCAGCAUCCAUGCGAAGAUAUGCCAGCUGCUAAUUCCUCUGCGCACCACCAUGCCCUUCUACAACUCAGAGGAAGAGAGGCAGCAUGGUCUGCAGCAGCUGCAGAGGCGACAGAAGCACUUGAUUGAAUUCUGCUACACCGUGGCCCAGAAGUAUCUCUUUGAAGGACGACAUGAAGAUGCUGUGCCUGCGGCUUUGCAUUCCCUUCGCUUCCGCAUGAACGUGCACGGCCUGAGCUCAGUUGAGCUCGUGCCUGCUUACCUGCUCCUGGCUGAGGCCAGCCUUGGUCUGGGCCGGAUAGUGCAGGCUGAAGAAUAUCUAUCCCAAGCCCAAUGGACAGUCCUCAAGUCAACUGACUGUAGUAACGCCACCCACUCUUUGCUGCAUCGGAACCUGGGCCUUCUCUACAUAGCCAAGAAGAACAUGGAGGAAGCCCGGUACCAUCUGGCUAACGACAUUUAUUUUGCCAGUUGUGCAUAUGGGACAGAAGAUGUCAGGACCUCAGGAGGCUAUUUCCACCUGGCCAACAUUUUCUAUGGCCUUAAGAAAAUGGAGCUGGCUGACACACUGUAUACAAAGGUCUCAGAGAUUUGGUAUUCAUAUCUGAACAGUCACUAUCAAGACCUCUUACAGGCUCGUUCCCAACAAACAGAUUUACUGGGCAAACAGUUUGUGAAUGACACCGGCUUGGAUGAAGCCCAGGAAGCCGAAGCCAUUCGGAUCCUAACUUCAAUCCUGAUCAUUCAAGAGUCUACUUCCACCAAAGCACCCCAAAAAAGCAUCCUUAUUCUGAAGACCCUGAGCAUACUUUACUAUCUGAUGUUGGAGUUUUCAAAGGCGAAGGAAUACUCCAUGAAAGCCCUCAGUCUAGCUGAAACCUACGGCAGUGGGGAGGAGCAAAGGGCUAUUCAAGAGUUGCUGAAUGUCAUCUCAGCCGAGGAAAAGCAGUUCAUGACCUAGAGAGCACCUUGCUGGUGCUGCUGGGGGCUGUGGAGCUGCUCACAGGUCCUCUGGCCUGCCCCCACCCCUCCCCGGGGGACU